AGCACUUCAGUUCUGAGACUUUUGCUAGCCAAGGGAGCGAAUGUCCAUUCAGUCGGUACCUCAGGAGAAACGCCAUUACAUAUGGCAAGUAUACAUGGGAGAACAAACACUAUAUCGCUUCUAAUCAAGAAUGGAGCAAACAUUCACACUCUCGACAAUGUCGGAAAGCCUCCGUUGCAUAUAGCAGCGGAAACAGGCUUGGAGGCACUUGAAGCUAUGGCAGCCUUGCUCGAGCACGGCGCAAGUGUUCACACCGUGAGCAGUGCAGGACGCACACCGCUGCAUAAGGCGGCUUCAAUAGGAGAACCCGAAAUUGUAGCCUUCUUACUCAAGCGUGGAGCCAAUGUUCAUGUUGCUGAUCAUUCUGGUUGGACUCCAUUG